UCUGCUGCAUAAAAAAAAAAGAUCACUACCCCAUUCACUAUAUGUUAGCAUUCUCCUAUAACAAUUAGAAAGCUCUAUCACAAAAAGGAAGAUGACUAAUUUUGACUUAUUUUUCUAUAUCUCUAUAUUUCUUCUUACUAUCUUAUUCUUAUAUUUAUGGUUUGUCAUAACAAGAAAUAAGAAAUCAUCACCCCAAAGGAAAGCUUAUAAGCUUCCACCUGGAUCAAUGGGGUGGCCUUAUAUAGGAGAAACUCUUCAACUUUAUUCUCAAGACCCUAAUAUCUUCUUCAUUAACAGGCAAAGAAGGUAUGGUGAAAUUUUUAAGACAAAAAUACUAGGUUGUCCUUGUGUCAUGUUGACAAGUCCAGAAGCUGCUAGAUUUGUACUAGUGAACCAAGCUAAUUUAUUCAAGCCAACUUAUCCCAAAAGCAAAGAGACUUUAAUUGGUCAAUCUGCGCUAUUUUUUCAUCAAGGAAACUACCAUAUCCAUGUCAGAAAACUUGUUCAGACAUCUUUAAAUCCAGAAGCCAUUCGUAACCAAAUCCCUCAUAUCGAAGAAUUAGCAAUUUCUGCAUUAAACUCUUGGGCAGGUGGACAUGUUGUUAACACUUAUCAUGAAAUGAAAAAGUAUUCGUUCGAAGUAGGUAUACUUGCUAUAUUUGGACAUUUGGAUGCUCAUCUUAAAGAUCAAUUGAAGAAGAAUUAUAUCAUAGUUGAUAAGGGUUACAAUUCUUUCCCUACAAAUUUGCCAGGAAGUCCUUAUAGAAAGUCCCUUCAAGCAAGAAAGAGACUUGGGAAAAUUCUAAGUGAAAUCAUAAAUGAAAGGAAGGAGAAGAAGCUAAUAGAGAAAGGCUUGUUGAAUUGUUUCUUGAAUGCCAAAGAUGAGAAAGGAUUGGUAUUAAAUGAAGAUCAAAUUGCUGAUAAUAUUAUAGGAGUUCUUUUUGCAGCACAAGACACUACAGCAAGUGUUUUGACUUGGAUUUUAAAGUACCUUCAUGAUAAUCCUAAGCUUCUUAAGAAUGUCAAGGCUGAACAGAAAGCAAUCUGCCAGUCAAAUGAACAAGAAAAUCAUGGGUUGACAUGGACACAAACAAGAAAGAUGCCCAUUACUAACAAGGUUGUUUUGGAGACAUUGAGACUAGCUAGCAUUAUAUCUUUCACAUUUAGAGAAGCUGUGGCUGAUGUAGAAUACAAAGGGUACUUAAUUCCAAAAGGAUGGAAAGUAAUGCCUUUGUUCAGGAAUAUUCAUCAGAACCCAGAGUUCUUUCCUAAUCCACAAAAUUUUGAUCCUUCAAGAUUUGAGAAUGUGCAAAAACCCAAUACAUUUAUGCCAUUUGGCAGUGGAGUACACGCUUGUCCAGGGAACGAACUUGCGAAGCUGGAAAUGCUAAUUAUGACUCAUCAUCUAGUCACUAAAUUCAGGUGGGAAGCGGAAGGAUCUAAUAGUGGGAUUCAAUAUGGACCAUUUCCAGUUCCAAUGGGUGGACUACCAGCAAGAUUUUGGAAAGAAUCUACCACUUCAACCUAAAGGCACUGAGCAGCAGAAACAAAAUGGCUGUUACUGAUUUGCAUAUCUCAAAUGAUUUCAUCAAUCUUAUCCAAGAUUGUUGCUCAUCCCCAAAAACAAAAAACAACAUAUAGGGGAUGAAAGAGAUCUCCAUUUUUCACCCUACAAAUUAGUACUUACUAUAAUUUACUUUUUACUACUAAAGGUAUUCUUAAUUUUGAGUACCUUUACAGCUAGCAUUUUGUACCAUUUCAAUUUGCAAGAAUUGGAAUUCACAAAGUGUAAAAAAUUGAUUUGAGCUUUUCUUUUAGUAUCCUUUA